UACGGUAAAUCGUCAAGGCCAAUCAGACGUCAGACUGAUAUGCGGGGUGAAACGAUUCCAUACACAAAUUCGGUUUGUGGUUGCUGAUUUUUGUUUGCGAGUUUUUCUUUGGUUUGUAAUACGUUUCUAUUCGUCAGUACGUUUGAUUUUCGUUGUUCAACGCACUCGCUCGCAUUGUCUAGACACCAAGUGCAGUUGCAAUCAUGGAUGCAAUGGACAUACAAGCGGUCGAAUCCAAGUUGAGUGAUGUUACCGUUACGCCAAUCCCGAUGCACAUAAAGGCGCCAAUGCCGCAAAGCCAGUACCAAGCGAUGGCACAACCGCAAAUACAGAUUCAACCGCAAUAUCAACAGUUGUCGCACCAACCCACCUCGCCGGUAAUCGUAACAACACAGACAUCUGCGAACAUUACGACGCCAAUGACUUCGGCGGCGAAUAUCCCGUCGCUAUCGAAUCUGCAAGGACUCUCUAAGUACGCCCAGUUGUUAGCCGUGAUUGAAGAAAUGGGGCGCGAUAUACGGCCCACGUAUACCGGUUCGCGUAGUUCAACGGAACGCCUGAAACGCGGAAUCGUGCACGCUCGCAUUCUAGUGCGCGAGUGCCUGAUGGAAACCGAGAGGUCUGCCCGACAAUAAUGAACAUCAACAGCCAGUUAUCCGCCUUUUGCCAACAACCAACUCCAACAACGAUCAAAUCGGCCGUCCACACUUGACACCAAGAAAUCGACGAAUCGUUUCGAGGGAGCUUCGUCUUCUAGUUGAACCGCACGCGACAACCGACCACCAAGGUAUCAUCAAAAGGAGCUAGUUAAGGUAUUUAUAAGUUUUAUUAGUCCUUUGGUCGCCCUGGAGUAGUGUUAUGCCUUUUUAGCUUGGAAUAAUGCAAAUAGGAAAAUGCAUAAUUGUACGAGAUGUGAAAUCAUUUUCUUGUCAGGGAUUACGACGCAAUGGAAUCCAUUGCGAUCAUUAAGCAAUAAAGGAUUUGAAGCGUAACAAGAUUUGUGGUGAUUUGUGGUUGAAAACUUCUGAGUACAAUAUUUGGAGUAAAAAUCUCUGGUGGUAAAGUGUGCCUCCAGCCACCAAUAAAAGCAUUGAACAAAGGAUGUUUGGACUUAGAGUUGGAAUCCGGGGCUUCCUGGGUUGAUUUUUUCUUUAUUUUAUGCUACGUCGGCUCUAAUUUCAACUCCGACGACGCGGACUAUUUUUUAACGGAAGAAUUUAAGGGGUUACACUACAGUAAAGAUUGAAAAUUUAAGGUGCAAUUUGGUUUUUUGAGGUUGGAAGAAUAAACGGGUUUUUUUUUCUAAAGAUAUUGUAAAGGAUGUUUAGGAGAGUAUUGAAAACACAAAAAAAAUAUUAAAGAAUGGCUGCUCAACAUCCCUUUCUGUAGAACGGUCUUUUUUGAGGGGCUCCGCGGCACGUAGUAGAAGUGCAGCAAAAACUAGCCUGGAAUAAAAAUAAAAAUAUUUCUUAAACUCCAUUAGUUUAGCUAUAGAAAUACGUAGGAGAUUUUGAAGAUAUCAAUUUUUUUUUAAAUUGGCAAGCAUUUGAAAAAAAAAAAAUUCACUUUACUCCCAAUAAGCGGUCACUCAUUUGCAUCUAAAAAAAUCGAAAUCAGUGCAACUUCGAUAUAACAAAGCUGAAAGGAAUUAGAAAAUAUUCGGUAUUUCAAGUAAUUUUUUACAAUGAGGUUUUUUAUAUGGUGGUUAGGUUUGUCUACGAUACGUAUUAACAAAGUAAGAAAACUUGUCUAUUGUUCUUGUUAUAGCAAAUGAUUUCCACUAAUAAAUCUUCUUCUUUUUCUUCAGCCUUUUCCCCGUUUACAAACGGUGUCAACUGGUCGUAAUCGGUUUCGCCAUUUGGCUCUAUUGAUUGCCUGCUCUGGGUGCAAUCUUGAGGCUUUUAAAUCUCCACCAGUGUAUCAAGCGACCGUUGUUUCGGGCUGUUUUUUGGUCGUUUGUGUCCGGAUAGCUGAGUGGUUAGAGCACAAAGCUGUCGUACGGAAGGUCGGCUCAAAUCUCACUGGUGG